GUCCGGACUCCGUUGCGCGCCGCUUAGCUAUUCAACAACGACACAUCGCCCAUCCUACAUACAGAAGAGUACCUGGUGCUACAGACUAUCUGAUUCUACAAACUAAAACCAUUCAGCUUGCUGAAACAUUCCUUCCCCGAACAUUUUGAUCAAAAACUCGGUCCACUUGAACAGGAGCCACUUUACAGCGCGCAGUAGAAACCGAAGGCUGUACUUUCAGCGUUGGGAGUAUAUAACUGCCAACUACGCUUGCGACUCUUAGCUUGGUUUAAUGCCGCCCAAAACAGCCAAGAUAAAAAAUGCGCUGAAAUCUGCUGCUCGACUACCGGUACGCCGACGACGAACGGUGUCAUCGUCGUCGGAUUCUCCAACAGCAACAUUACCAGUUGCAACAACCCCCGCUACAGGGCGUACAAGAUCCUUCAAGAAGGGUUUGCGCGUUGGGAGAAUUAGUCUUGGGAAUGGAAAGGGUAGUGGAAUGAAUAUGCAAAGUCCACUGGAGGGCGAAAGUCCAUUGGCGCUAUUGAGGGUACAAGUUGUGGCUUGUACUGAUUUGCUGGCAAAGGAUAGAAAUGGAUUCAGUGAUCCCUUUGCAACUAUCUCUCUCCCCCCUCAUCCAACGCGACAUUCCACUCCCGUCUCAAAACGGACACUUAAUCCAACCUUUCCAGCCGCCCAAAGCACCUUCGAUUUUCCCAUAUACCUCUCCCUUGCUGAUCGCCUCGGUGUUCUUGAGGUAGUAGUUUGGGACAAAGAUUACUUCGGUGUUGAGAAGAUUGGCAUGGGACGGAAGGAGUAUUUAGGUGAAGUUGGCAUUAGCUUGGAAGAUUGGUUUUCGAUACGCGAACCUGGAGAACAGUUGCGCGCUCUUGGCUGGUUUGAAGAAGGGAAUACUACUUUUUCUCUCUCGCUCGCGUCGACGAGGUCGAAUACUAAUGCGCAAGGGUCAGUACAACUCAAGAUUGGUUUCGUCGAGGCGCCAAAACAUCAGGCACACCAUCAAAGGUUUUCCCUCGCGAAAGAGACAGUUGGUGCUGCGCGGGAGGGAAUCGAAGGUCUCCUCGGCAAGGAAGAAAAAUAUCCGGAUGUCGAGGUUGAUUUCGAAGAAGUAUAUGGCGAGCUGCUCAAGAGAUCCAGGCCGAGCCUGGUCAAUAUUCCUCCGACUGAAGGUGUCGGCACGGUUCGCUCACAUGCUACUGUCUCCGCGCGACCUGAGGAUAAUUCCAACUUCAUCGAUCUGUCCAAUCUCGACACUACUAACGAGUUUCCUAAUGGAUACCAGAACGGAUAUCAGGCAGGGUACCCUUACGAAGACGAUGGCGGGUUGAGCAGUAGUGAGGAAGACGAGGUCGACGACGCGGAUGGGGUACGAUCAGGAGAUGAUUUCAUAGUCAGAAACGCGCAAUACCAGAGUGAACCGGAAGAAGACCGCUUCGAAUCGGAUUCUUCUUCUUGUUACUCUAAUUCUGACGCGGAGAUUUCUGAGGAAGAUGAAGAGGGUUCUCAAUCAGAAACAUCGGGAUCAGAGGAUGGCGAGGACCCUGAAGAAGUGGAUGUUCGAACCCCUACCCUCCCAACUGAACUGAGUCCGAUGACGACGCCUACUGCAUCUAAUACAGGCGCAUACGCUCUUAACGCAUCUCACACUCCAGAACCUCCCAUCUCGUUCUCUGCGUUGUACACCCCUCCUGCCUCUGCUCCUGCAUUUUCGCAAUCAAAUUCCUUCGAGGUGACUACAUCACCUGCUGGAAAGGAGUCCUCGCUAGAUGCAACAUCGCCCAUUCAAGCUCCAUCUAUGCGUAACCCACCGCCUCCUGCGCUUGAUCUUACGCCUGUGUCGCCGGAUGGCAUACUAGCUAAAUCAGACUCAGUCACCCCUACCACUGGGAGUGCCUACCCUUCGGCUUCCACUGUUGCAUCUUCCCGCUCCCCUGUUAGCAAAUUCCGCCUAUCUCCCACCAGAGCAGCGACCUUUUCCGGGAGCACAGGCGUUCGUUUAGGAACCGAAACACCCUCCUCGUUCUUAUCCCAAGAUCCAGUUCCUACUGCCCCCAAAAGUGCUGGACUAUCAAGUAUACUCCCUCGGAUCCCGAAACCCAAGUUCCCCAGUCGCAGGAGUACGAGUGCGAAUAUUACCUCACCUCCGUCUUCUCAAGGUCCUGUUUAUGACUUAACGGAGGAUGUUCCUCGGUUACCCUUAUCCGCCGCUUCUACUUCCGGGGCCCAUCCAACGAGGCCAAAUGUACUUUCAUCUUCUCCGAACGAAUCUGCUAACGGGAACAUCACAGACCCUGGCGAGUUAGAACAGAACUCAGCAAAGAAAUCGCGUUUCCGGAAGAGUUGGAGCGGAGUCCGGGUACCAACACGGCCACGGCGCUCGUUGUCGAUGGACUCCCCUGUUUCUUCCAGCUCGGCAUCGCCUUUCUCAGGUACCACGACAUCACCCGGUUCAACGUUGGGUUCACCUCCUCAAGGGGAAGCAAUAGAGCCGACAGUAAACCAGGACGCGGCUACACAGACUGCGAUGGGCAAGAAGGUCAAGAAACCUGGCAAAGCUACCAAGAAGGACAAAGGCAAGGCGAAGGAAAAAGGGAAAGUGAAGGAGAAGAAAGAGAAAGAGAAAGAUUCCACUAAAACUAAGAAAACGAAAGCAUCCGCUUCUGGCGAGAAGUCCAAGGUUAGGAGAAAAGGCGAAGGAAAACGGAGGAAACGUCCUGCAUAUAGCUUUGGUGGUGGGGAAAGUAAUGAUAUCGUCGGAAUUGUGAUGUUAGAAAUUCAGAAAGCAGAAGAUCUACCCAAGCUGAAAAACAUGACACGAACCGGCUGGGACAUGGAUCCCUUCAUCGUAGUUUCUUUCGGGAAAAAAGUGUUCCGCACCCGCGUAAUCCGGCACUCGCUCAAUCCAUCCUUCGACGAAAAACUACUCUUCCACGUUCGGCGUUACGAAACGAAUUUCAAGGUUCAUCUCACCGUCUUAGACUGGGACAAGCUAUCCUCCAAUGAUUAUAUCGGCGAAUGUGACUUUGACGUAAGCGAGUUAAUCGUAGCCUUUGAGGAUGGCCGGGGUGUAGAUCCAGAGACGGGGUUGUAUCCCUUGGACGACGGUCAAGGGAGUGGUUCAAGUGGGAUGAAAGAGUUUAAACUUCCGGUGAGGACAGCUAAGGAGAUGCCUUGGGAAGCCAAAUAUCACCCAUUUAUUUCAUUGAGGGGAAAGUAUCAACCUUAUGCUGCCCUGCGGCAACGCUUUUGGCUGCAAUAUCUCAAGCAAUACGACACUGACGAUACAGGCAUGCUUUCCCAUCUGGAACUCACAUCGAUGCUCGACUCUCUAGGAUCGACCCUGACUAACGCUACCAUCAAAUCUUUCUUUACUCGGUUCAACAAGGAUCCAUGGCAAGAGGAACUUACGAUGGCAGAGACAAUACAAUGUCUCGAAACAGAGUUAGGCCGACCCGAGAGCCAGAAAAAGAGACUCGGCGCUGAUGAUGGAGGAUACGAGAGCUCUGUUAGCGCCACCCCAGUGAUGAUGCUUGCAGACAGGAGGGGAAAAGAGCUUUCUCUUGAACAGCUGGACUUCUCUGGCCCUCCGUUGAGCGCAAUGAUAAGCCCUGGACUACCGGAUGCAGAGUUUCUAGAGUCUGACAGAGUGCCUGCUCCCAAGGCCUAUGCGAUGGAAAACGGUGCACAGCAGCCGUUAACACAAGCCGCUGCAGGAAGAGAGGGUGCAGAAACAAACGCGAGCUCCAGUUCAGCAACGACUCCUUCUGGCGAGUAUGACGCAUAUUAUGGCAGUAGCUCAUACUUGUCCUCUGAUGCCGAUAUGGAUGGGUUGAUGGAGUAUCCUAAGAAUGGUAGUAAUGUAAAAGAAGUCGUUUCUCGUCCGGCUGUCUCGUCAUCCUCGACUGUCCCUUCGGGAACAGCUGCUCAACUUCCCAGUAGUUCUGUUACAUUUGCCCUAGCACCACCACCAUCAUCAAUCGCCUUCUCUCAUUCUUACUCUAGUUCCACCAGCGGUACCGCACCUCCUACCACCUCCGCUGCCACAAACCCAAAUCUCGACUCCGCAGUUGAACGUGUGAUCAAUGUCCAAACUUGUCCACUCUGUCAUCGUCCGCGGUUGAACGCAAAAGCCGAAGUUGACAUCGUCACACAUCUUGCUAUCUGCGCAUCGCAGGAUUGGAACAAGGUCGAUCGAAUUGUGGUGGGUAAUUUUGUCACUGCAAGUCAGGCACAGAGGAAAUGGUAUACGAGGAUCAUCGGAAAAAUGAGCAGUGGGAAUUACAAGCUGGGCGCAAAUUCCGCCAAUAUCAUUGUGCAGAACCGGUCAACGGGACAACUGGAAGAAGAAAAAAUGCAGGUAUACGUACGGUUGGGGAUCCGUUUACUUUACAAGGGAAUGAAAUCUCGCAUGGAAGGUUCUCGCGCUCGACGUCUCCUCAAAUCACUUUCAAUCAAACAAGGUGUCAAGUACGACUCUCCGGAAAGCGUUCGGGACAUUUUACCAUUCAUCCAGUUUCAUAAACUUGAUAUGAAUGAAGUGAGGGACCCGGUGAAGAGCUUCAAGACCUUCAAUCAGUUCUUCUAUCGGAAACUUAAACCUGAUGCUCGCCCUGUCGACUCUCCUUCGGACCCUUACCGCAUGGUCUCUGCCGCCGACUGCCGAUUCAUGGCAUUCGAGUCUGUGAGUGAGGCGACUAGGCUCUGGAUCAAAGGGAGAGAGUUUAGCGUUGCAAGACUUCUAGGGAAUGUUUACAAGGCUGAAGCAGAACGCUACAAUGGCGGUGCAUUGGCAAUUUUUAGACUUGCUCCUCAAGACUAUCAUCGAUUCCAUUCUCCUGUGGAUGGGAGGAUAGGAAAUAUGACGUACAUCGCUGGCGAGUAUUAUACUGUAAAUCCCCAAGCCAUCCGCACUGCUCUGGAUGUGUAUGGCGAGAACGCUAGGAAAAUCGUACCGAUUGAUUCGCCCCAGUUCGGACGUGUAAUGGCCGUCUGUGUAGGCGCGAUGAUGGUCGGGACCAUACAAACUACAGUCGAGGAGGGCCAGUGGGUCAAACGUGGGGAAGAAUUUGGUUACUUCGCGUUUGGCGGCUCAACCAUCGUGUUAUUGUUUGAACCGGGUGUGCUAGAGUGGGAUGAAGACCUAGUGAUAAAUGGUCGGGCAGCUUUAGAGACUUUAGUAAGAGUUGGCAUGGGAUUGGGAACAGGUCUAAGGAAAGGCAUUUCAUAGCGAGAAUUUCGAUCUAUAUGCCUUGCGAUACCUGUGUAUUCACCGACAACAUUCCUAUGUACACAUUCCUAUGUACACGCGGAUGUAGACUUAAUUAAAGGCCCUGUUCGGGAACCCGAGUCAAACUUUCCCUGCUUUACACUGCGGGGAUGAGCCCAUUUUCUCAC